AUGCGCCUUUCCAAAGCCCUGAUAGACAUGGAGAUGGCAGAUUAUAGCGCGGCGCUAGACCCGGCGUAUACCACUCUGGAGUUUGAGAACAUGCAGGUGCUGGCUAUGGGCAACGACACAUCUCCAUCAGAAGCAGCCAGCCUCAACACUACCAACAGCAUGGGGGUGAGCGCACUGUGUGCCAUCUGCGGGGACCGUGCCACAGGGAAGCAUUAUGGGGCUUCCAGCUGUGAUGGCUGCAAAGGCUUCUUCAGAAGGAGCGUUCGAAAGAACCACAUGUAUUCCUGUAGGUUUAACAGGCAGUGUGUGGUAGACAAAGACAAAAGAAACCAGUGCCGAUACUGCAGGCUUAAGAAGUGCUUCCGAGCAGGAAUGAAGAAGGAAGCUGUACAAAACGAACGAGACCGAAUCAGCACCCGAAGAUCAAGUUAUGAAGACAGUAGCUUGCCUUCCAUCAACGUCUUGUUGCAAGCAGAAGUCCUAGCACAACAGAUAUCAUCCCCAGUUCCUGUGAUGAAUGGAGACAUCCGAGGGAAGAAGAUUGCCAACAUCUCGGACGUGUGCGAAUCCAUGAAGCAGCAGCUGCUGGUGCUGGUGGAGUGGGCCAAAUACAUCCCUGCCUUCUGUGAGCUGCCCCUGGAUGACCAGGUGGCACUGCUGCGAGCACAUGCAGGGGAACAUCUGUUACUGGGUGCUGCCAAGAGGUCCAUGGUGUUCAAGGAUGUCCUGCUGCUAGGAAAUGACCACAUCAUCCCACGGAACUGCCCCGAACUCGUGGAGGUGAGCCGCGUGGCUAUCCGCAUCCUGGAUGAGCUGGUCCUUCCGUUCCAGGAGCUACAGAUAGAUGAUAAUGAGUAUGCCUGCUUGAAAGCCAUCAUCUUCUUUGACCCAGAUGCCAAAGGACUGAGUGACCCCUCCAAGAUCAAGCGGAUGCGGUACCAGGUGCAGGUUAGCCUGGAGGACUACAUCAAUGACCGGCAGUACGACUCACGGGGCCGCUUCGGGGAGCUGCUGCUGCUGUUGCCCGUGCUGCAGAGCAUUACCUGGCAGAUGAUAGAGCAGAUCCAAUUUGUCAAGCUCUUCGGGAUGGCUAAGAUAGACAACCUGUUGCAGGAGAUGCUGCUGGGAGGGUCAUCAAGUGAAACACCGCAUGCUCACCAUCCUUUGCACCCUCAUCUGAUCCAGGAGAACCUGGGAACAAAUGUCAUUGUGGCCAACACAAUGCCACCUCAGAUGCACAACGGCCAGAUGUGUGAGUAUCACCAGACUACUCCAGAGACUCCACAACCAUCUCCACCUGCGGGCUCAGGGCCAGAGCAAUACAAGCUACUGCCUGGAGCCAUUGCAACUGUGGCAAAACAGCCCACCUCCAUCCCACAACCCACCAUCACCAAACAGGAAGUCAUCUAG